AUGAUUUCUCCAGGCGACACUAUGGCAACUCGUCUCUGGCGUGCUCAUCUAGAGUAUACGAGUACAUCUCGUUUGGAUUCUAAGCAAAAUGCUCUGAAUUUCCUCCCACGACCUGUACUGUCCGUUGGGACCCCUUCGUCCCACGAAGACAGCAACAACGAUACCUCCGAACUUCCGUAUCUUUGCACCGAACCAGUUGAGACCAAUAGCACGGAAUUUAUUGGUUUGCCCUCCGGCGAUUCUUUCGGUUCGGAAAUCGACGGUGCCGUGCUUAUGGCUAUGCUCUCGGGAGACAGUGAUAGCACCUCCGAGGACACUGAGGAAUGGGUGCACUCACGCCCCAUACUUCAAAUAAAUCCCAUUUCUAUAGCAGGGAAUAUAGUCCUUUCUGCACCCAGCCCUGUUGAUUCUGGCUAUGGCUCUCGCCCCGAAACCCCCUCAACUGAUGGAUGCGGAGGAUAUGGGUCGGAUGGGUCCGCCUGGUCUCCAGUUGAUGACACGUCCUCCAUUUCUGACGAUAGUUCAAACACCCACACGCUAUUUUCUGAUGCGAAAUAUUGGGAUCACGUUGCCGACGCCAAGACUGCUAUUCCCGCCUUUCAGGGUCCUGUCAUUCCUCGAAUCGUCCUUUCGGACGAAGAAGGACGUGUUAUCGAGACCACCUUCGAUAGUCUGUUCGAAAAGCCUUCUCAACUGAAAGCCCCAGUCGCCAACCAGGACGUUGACAGCCCCUACGGCGGGCUCAUGUCUCCCACUCUGGACGUCAUUGAACCUGCUGCCUCGGCAACUUAUACUCCUAUCACUUCUAAGAUCAGAAAUUCGGCCUUUGGUGCUGUCUUGGAUCGUGCGUUUGUGCGACCAACUCGGUACCGGACUGCGACCACCCCUUUGAUCGCUGCACCUGUUUGCUACGAUCAUCAUCACACACCGACUUUCGUUUUGGGCUGCGUUGGGGAAGAAGAAGAGGAACAGAAGUAUUGUGUAAAGGAAGACAACAUAGGUGAAGAAGCGGCAAACACGUUCGUAUGUAGAGAGGAGCAAGACGAGAAAGAUUUAAAGCUCCAGGUAGAGGUGGAUCUUAAACAUGGUAUGGAUCCUGAGACGACGCCUACACCUGCCGAGAAUGUUGCGUGGAAUGUCAAUAGUUUGACAGGUGAUGAGCGCGAUGCGACUCAGGAUUCGAUGAACUACGAUGGCAACUCUUCCUUAUUGACUGAGGCGCAACUAGCUCAAUCUUCUGCGCCUAUGUCGGCUUUGCUUUGCAAGAGUGAAUUCAAGACAUGGUGUUUUGAAGAUAACGAAGACGAAGAAUGUGAAGAGUCCGGGCUUUUCCUAACCGAGCCCGAUAACAAUUAUAGUCGCCUAAUCGAUAGCCUUUGCAAGCUACCUUGCGAGCCUGCUAUAGUGUUCGGCAUCCUCAAGACUACGGCUCGCAUAUCACCUGCCAACAGUGACUUGAACACUGCGUACCACGUGACCAUCCAAGGACGUGCUCGCAAAACAGACCACGUCUCUUGCCCAUAUGAUCAUGGACGCGAUCACCAGAGCAGCUAUGGAAUACACCCUUUUAUCUCAUGUCCUUUAGAUUGCCCUGCGCACGGCGGACGUGACACCUGUGGAGUUGGCGCUAUCUUCCAUCGUUCCGCAGCUUCCUCUACGGUGUCGACCCACAAACUUGAUCAUACGGCGCUUGACUAUCAAGCUUUUGCUGUUGAAGUAGUAGGAUUACUCCCCUGCCAACGCAAAUCAGUCGAAGAAGACUUGGAUGAUGGCGACUUGGUACUUCAUCACGGAGGGAGGUUCCGCUCCACCGAGAACAAAGAUGUUCCUCCAAGAGCUGGCGCCAGUUACGACGAGUACAUGAGCCGAUUUAUGGAUGAUGUUGAUCUGUCAUCAAGUAAUUCAAAUGACAGUUUCAAGAAUGCUCCUUUUGGCAAGCUUGUCGGUGGAGUAUUGAAAGAGAUGACUGUGCCUGAGGCUGUUGAUCACUUGAAAGAGGGGUUGGGAAAGACAGAGAGUGCAUUCCGAGUGGCAUUAACUGCACCUUUUAGAUUUAAUUCGGUAGCUGAUAAACUUUCUCAGCAUCUCAAGUCAGCAGAUCAAAAAAUCCAACCACCUAAGGAGAGACGGGGGUCUAACGCGUUCAGUCAUCACAGAAAACGGAGCUCUGCAUCUGGCAUCAAGACAAAAUGGUCGAACAUGCUCAAUAACCAUGGCGAUUUAUUGUUCUUGACUUACAAACCGCAAGAAUCCAAAGAGGCCCCUGCCCCGGUUUCCACUCCCCCGGUCACAUUACCUUCAUCACAGGCCCAACCUACUCAACCUACAAUCACACGGAGACAGCCCGAACCUUGGGAGACUGUAGCAGAGGACCCAGUUGAUUUAUACUGGCGCUCUCAGGAUGGAAAGAUUCAACGUCAGCGUGACGCCAAUUUCUGUAGGCAUGGUUCCAACGCCAUGUGCGACUAUUGUAUGCCUUUAGAGCCUUAUGACCCGAAAUAUCACGCAGAGAACAAGAUUAAGCAUUUGUCUUACCACGCUUAUCUCAGGAAACUCACACCGCCGGCCUCCUCCAAUUCAUCCAGUGCCCACCUUCCACCACUGAGUCCAAUCUCAUACCGUGUCGCCGACCCGUGCCCUCGAGGUCAACACCCUCCGUGGCCAGCAGGGAUUUGUUCUGCGUGCCAACCAAGCGCAAUUACGCUACAGCAACAGCCCUUUAGGACGGUAGAUCACCUCGAAUUCGCCUCUCCUGCCAUUGUUGAUGCAUUCCUGCGGCCCUGGCGCGCAACGGGCAGGCAGCGCUUUGGAUGGAUGCUUGGUCGGUUUGCACCUCACGAGCUCGUUCCAAUGGGUAUCAAGGCAAUUGUCGAAGCUAUUGUAGAGCCACCUCAAGAGGGUGAUAUAGAUGGGUUGACAGUUGAAGAAGAUCACGUUUGGGAUAUUGAAGACAGUGUCAAGGAACUUGCUUCGUUUUGUGGGAACCCGGGAGGUCUUCAGCUCGUGGGGAUGGUAUGGACUGACCUCACACCUGACCCCAAUGACCGAACAAAAUCAAUAUGCAAACGACAUGCUGGCUCAUAUUUCUUGAGCUCACAAGAAACACUAUUCGCUGCCGCUGUGCAACGGAAACACCCACUCGCAACACGGGCAAGCCCCAGUGGGGUAUUUGGAAGUCGACUUGUUACAGCUGUAUUAAGCGCAGACAAAGACGGAGCUAUUGCGGUUGAGGCUUACAUGGCGAGCGAACAGGCAGCAGCGAUGGUUGAAGCCGAUAUGGUUGAAGCAAGCGUAGAUCCUGGUGUAGUUAGGGUAAAAGAGGAAGGGCCUGGGAGAUACAUCCCAGAAGUGUUCUACCGAUACCGAAACGAGUAUGGGCGGGACGUUCAAAAGAGUGCCCGACCUGCAUUUCCUGUCGAAUAUCUGCUCAUUAAUGUCACGCAUGGAUUUCCUAUGAACCCAUCUCCCGUGUUUAGGUCGAACUCUUUUGCGAUUGAGAAUAGGUCAUUACUUGAGCCUCAAGAACUUUCAACGAUUUUACGGGAUUUGCACCAGCUUGGGGCAACCGACCUUCGGGAUUCAACAACCGUGCUCAAAGUCAUGGACUAUCUUAGCGACUUUCACCUACUGCUCUUCUUGCCGAGCACGGGCAUGCUUGGGGAGCGCGAGUAUAAGAACAUUGUCAAGGCUGUCACUGCGCCAGAUGAUCAAAGGUUAAAGUUGAUGGAGGGUGUAAUGAACUCGGAUGGUUGGCAAACUCUGAUGGCUGUUGUUCAAGAGAACGCUCCGUCGGCGAGAACCACUGGUCCGCGUGCAGACUCACCAUUUGAGAUUCCGCCGGAGCUCCUUGACGAGCCUAUGCACGAUGUUCAAGCAACAAGACCCUGCCCCCACUGUACUUUCGUCAACGAAGCAGGGGCUACGGAUUGCACUAUAUGUGGCUGCCGUUGA